AUGUCUGACGAAUUAGCCACCCAGCCUACUCUGGUCCAGGAUAACAGGCCCUGGGUGGAACGGUAUCGACCGAAAUCGUUACAGGAAGUGUCGCAUCAAACCGAAGUCGUCGCGACACUCCAGAACGCGGUUACCACCGGCCGCUUGCCACAUCUGUUACUUUAUGGGCCUCCCGGCAGUGGAAAGACUUCCGUAGCUUUGGCGUUGUGUCGUCAACUCUGGCAUCCUUCGCAAUGGCGUCGCCGUGUAUUAGAGUUAAACGCAAGUGAUGAGCGUGGGAUAAGCGUAGUGCGCAACAAAAUCAAGCAUUUUGCUAGUUUGACCGUGGCGAAAGGAAACAACGAUAUGGAGAACUAUCCCAAUCCUCCUUUCAAGAUCAUCAUUCUUGAUGAGGCCGAUACAGUCACACCCGACGCACAAGCUGCUCUACGACGAAUCAUUGAAGCCCAUUCCAAGAUAACUCGCUUCAUUCUAAUUUGCAACUACGUCACGCGGGUAAUAGAACCCCUAGCCUCGCGUUGCGCUAAAUUUCGAUUCCAAUCCCUACCUCCGAGCAGUAUGAAAGCCCGACUGGAAUGGAUCGCCAACGAACAAAAUUGCUCCGAAUCCGAGAAAGACUUGUUGGACGACAUUUUAGAAUAUGCGGACGGUGACAUGCGUCAGGCCGUGACAACUUUGCAGUCGGUCCACUCGUUGGCAGCUGGUGGUGCCAAGGUGGACAAGGCUGCCUUGGCCGAAAUCGCCGGUCUACCACCACCAGCUAUUGUGGAUAUGCUUUGGACAGCUCUCCUCUCUAAUUCCUUCGACACGAUGGAGAAAGUGGUUGAAACUCUAAGUGCGGAAGGAUUUUCGGCUCAGUUGCUACUGUCAGCUCUCGUGCCCAAGCUCGUCACUGACCAGGACUUGAACGAACUGUCCAAGGCCGAACUAGCAAUUCGAAUCGCUGAAGCAGAGAAGAAUAUGAUUGAGGGAGGAGAUGAGCAAUUGCAGCUGUUGACUGUUUGUAGCUUGGCUGUGAGCUGCUUUGAACAAUCCAAGACAAUUAAUCAAUAG